AUGAAGCUGGGCAGAUUAAACAGUCCCUUCGUGCAGAACCUCCUUGCUUCUGUAGUGGUUGGACUAGGACCAGGGCUUUAUGUCGCGGUCACCAACCUGGGUGCAGGCGGCGGGCCCGCCAACGCCACGCAGAUGCAGAACAUCGUCAACUCGGUUCUUUAUGCAAUUUACUUCGUCGUGGGCUUUUUCAGCGGCUCUGUCGUGACCACUGUCGGUCCCAAGUACACCCUUGUUUUCGGAACCAUAGGAUAUCCCAUCUACGUCGGCUCUCUGUGGUACUUCAGCAAUACCGGAAAUCUGUGGUUUCCGAUUCUCGGCGGCGCAAUAUUGGGUAUCACGGCCGUUCAUCUCUGGACGGCGGCUGGAUUCAUUGCCUUCAGUUAUGCGACCGAAGACAAGAAAGGAACGUAUAUCUCCAUGCAAUGGGGCCUUCUCAGUGUUGGAAGUACCAUUGCCUCGUUCGUCGCCUUUGGCAUCAACUUCAACGCCGGGGAGCUGAAAUGCCCUGACUCGGUAUACAUCGUGUUCAUCAUCCUGAUGGCUCUCUCCCUACCCGUCGCUCUGUUCGGAAUCAUCUCCCCAGCUGACGUGCGUCGCGCCGAUGGCACGCCCAUCGCCCACUAUCCUCAUCGUGGCGUGUGGGAGGAGCUCAAGGGCCAGCGCCAGAUCAUCAUGGACUGGCGCAUGCUCGCACUUCUCCUCCCCAUGUUCGGCUCCGAGGUGGCAAUCAUCGCAUUCUCGUCUAUUAACUCCCUCUAUUUCAACAUCCGCACGCGCAGUCUCAACUCGGUGAUCUUCGUCAUCCUCCAAGCCGUCGGGGCCAUAGGGACCAUGGCUAUGCUGGAUAGUCGCAAGAUCGGCACUCGCCGGGCACGAGGCCUCCUCGCGAUCGUCGUGAUGGGCCUUUUCACGCUCGGACUGUGGAUCGGCCUCUGCGUGUGGUUGUCGCAACAUCCCAUCGACCUAACGAGUCCUCCGCUGUGGGACUGGACGGACGGCCCGUUCGGUGGAUUUAUCGUCCUGACGCUGUUGUUUGGGAUCAAUAUGGUUGCUUAUCAAGUUGUGGUGCAGUGGAUCGUUGCCUCGCUGAGCAAUGACCCCGAAACGCUCGCUCGCUUUGCGGGGUUCGCAAAAGGGUGUUUGGCCGGUGGGCUUUGCGCGACCUUUGGCACGGAGGCUGCGGGAUUGGAUCAGAUAUAUGUGGUUGCGUGGACCUUUGCGCUGCAAGGGGUGGGAUUGCUAUGCAUGGUGUUGGUGACUUGGUUCUGCGUGCGGCCGACCAACUACGGACAGGAGGAGAAGGUGGUGGUGCCGGUGGAUGUGGACCACGUUGGAAAAGGGGUGAGCGGCAAAGUCGACGGCAAUUAG